CUCUAUCUUUCACCAACCCUCAACCCAACAGAUCAGGACAGAACAAAGUCUUCAAAUUUCCAGCUCCCCCCCAUACUUGCCUCCUCGACCUGCCUCACCAUUUCUCUCUCUCUCUCUCUCUCUCUCUCUCUCUCUCUCUCUCUCUCUCGCUCGCUCGCUCGUUCUCCGUAGCUCAAAAUCCGACAGGCCCAUAUAGUUUGGCUUUCUUCCUCUUGGUAGGGAGGAAGAGUCAUGGAUAGGCUGGUCCUGUGCUGCACCGUCUUCCUGUUUCUCCUUCCGCUCGCCUGUUCGAAUUCCGAAGGCGACGCCCUUUAUGCUCUAAGGAGGAGCUUGACCGACCCCGACAACGUCUUGCAGAGUUGGGAUCCGACGCUCGUGAACCCUUGCACCUGGUUCCACAUCACCUGCAAUCAGGACAACCGCGUCACUAGGGUGGACUUGGGGAACUCAAACCUUUCUGGUCAUCUGGUACCUGAGCUUGGAAAGCUCGAGCAUCUGCAAUAUUUGGAACUUUAUAAAAAUAACAUUCAAGGGACAAUUCCUACAGAAGUGGGUGAUUUGAAGAGCCUUGUGAGCUUGGACUUAUACAACAACAACAUUUCUGGAACUAUUCCUCCCUCUCUGGGAAAAUUGAAAUCUCUUGUGUUCCUGCGUCUUAACAACAACCAGCUGACUGGAAGAAUCCCUAGGGAGCUUGCCAGUAUUCGGAGCCUUAAAGUUGUAGAUGUUUCUAGCAAUAACUUGUGUGGAACUAUUCCCACAACUGGUCCUUUCGAGCACAUACCCUUAAGCAACUUUGAGAACAACCCGCGCCUGGAGGGCCCAGAGUUGCAGGGUCUGGUUGUGUACGACACAAAUUGCUGAAAUGAGGAAGCUGGAUGCUGAUAGCAUCUGCUGCCCACUGUUCGUCGAUGCUGAGUGCUAUAAAACUACAUAUGCAGGAAAACCCCUCUGCACAUCACGGUGAUAGCCAAGAAUAUCAUCUAUGUAAAGCUACUGAAUCUACAUGACUUGGGCUUGUAGAAUUGGUGUUUGGUUCUGAUUGUAGAUAAAGGGGAAGGGUUUGAACUCAACUGGGUGUAGGCAUGAGAACACUGCUUUAAAUUCAAUAAAAUGGUGGGGGGAAUUAGUAGAA